UCAACUGUGUUGGACGUUGAAGAGAAUGUUUGAGACGAUAAGUGAUUCUAGGGUAUCUUAAAGGGCAUACUGCAAAUGGUUGACUUAUGUCGAGGGAUAAGUGAGUCAAUAUGUGUGCAUUCUGGUAGACAGGAAGCAUAAGAAAGACUUAAGGGACUACGUUAUCACAAGGUUAAUGCAUGCAGUAGAAAUAGAGGAACAGGAGAAGAUCGUAUGGGUGAGAGAAUACAAUAUUCCACAUGGAUUUCAGAAGGGGAAUAGAGGUACAGAAAUGAACCCAAUCAUCUUUUCUUAUAGAGUUGUUCACAGACUACUGAAUGUAGUAACUGUAUAUACAACUUAUAACAUAAUAGUGGGGUCAUAUAUAAUUUACAUGUACUUUAAGAAUUAUGUGUUUAUGUAUUUUAUGUGUAUGAGUGCUUUGUCUGCAUCUGUGCCUACACACCAGAAGAGGGCAUAAGAUCCCAUCAUAGACGGUAAUAAACAACUACUUGUCUGCCAGGAAUUGAACGUGGGACCUCUAGAAGGGCAGCCAGUGCUCGUAACUCCAUCUCUCAAGCCCCUACAUUUAUAGUAUAUAAAAAUAUCUUUUUAUUGUACUGUUUGGCCUGAAACUUUUUGACUUUGCAGCUAUAGUAACAGAUAACAGUAAUAUUCUUUUGCGAAUGACAUAUUGGCAUUAGUGUGUUGUUACUAUCAUGUAUUUGGAAAACUCAGAGUUAAACAGUACCAAGGCUUUUCUUACUGAUGAUGAAAUGAAUUCAUAUUAGGGGGGAAAGCAAGUUUAAACCACUGAUAGUAGUUUAAAUUAUACUAAAUAACAGGAUGGUAUUUCUUGGUAUGUUUUCUACAAGGUGAACUGAAAACAUAAAAUCAUUGGUUUAUAUAGACCGUCCUGUACCCAUGAAAACAUAUUACACAUAGACACAUUCUUUAAAAUACAAACAUUGUAUCCACUCUUGGAACUUAUGGACAGUGUGUAUUGUUUGAAAUCUACUAUAUAACUGCUCAUCUCCCACUUCAUGUGUUUUAUGUGAUCACCAUGUUUCCAUUUGGAAUUAGUGGCGAUAAAUGGGAGAAUGUCUUGAAAAUAUUAUAGGGAAAGAACAUUACUAACAAAACCUGCAUGGCUAUGAGAACUAGAGAUCUACCACAACAAAGCCAAAUGUACGUUCUCUAAUUAAAAAGUUUACACACACACAGACACACACAGAAACACACACACAGCGCAAGACAUUAAUUAACACAUAAUGCUUAAAAUAAACAAUUUACUGUUCCUGGAUAUCAAAUAUUUAACUCACACAUACAUACUUGCAAUGGAAAAUUCAGAAAAUGCGAAGGAAUAAAGGCUUAUCAGUGGAAAAUAUGAAGACUGGUGACGGCUACACUUACACACUCAUGCCUCAUGAUGUCGCUCUUCACUGCGAACUUUUUUCCCUCCAAAGAAAGUCACUUCCUUCAGAGAACUCGCUGUGAAUUCUCUAGUCCUAGGACGUCUUCAAAACAGCUUUUGAGAGGCAGUUUCAGGUAAGGUAUUCUGUAUAUUGUAGCUACCACCGCAUCUUUCUGCGCGUGUACCAUGCUAUUAUUCUCGCAAAGCGGCCCAGGAUCCCGGUGCCUCCUGCUCUCUUUCCUGCUCUUCACAGCCUGGGAAGCAGGGAGCGGCCAGCUCCACUACUCCAUCCCUGAGGAGGCCAAACACGGCACCUUCGUGGGCCGCAUCGCACAGGACCUGGGGCUGGAGCUGACGGAGCUGGUGCCCCGUCUGUUCAGGGUGGCGUCCAAGGACCGCGGGGACCUUCUGGAGGUAAAUCUGCAGAAUGGCAUUUUGUUUGUGAAUUCUCGGAUCGACCGGGAGGAGCUGUGCGGACGGAGCGCGGAGUGCAGCAUCCACCUGGAGGUGAUCGUGGACCGUCCGCUGCAGGUUUUCCACGUGGAGGUGGAGGUGAAGGACAUUAACGACAACCCGCCCGUGUUCCCCGAAACCAACAAAAACAUUGUGAUUGCAGAGUCGAGACCUCCAGAAACUAGAUUUCCACUAGAUGGCGCAUCCGAUGCAGAUAUUGGAAUCAAUUCCGCCUUGACCUACCGAUUGGAUCCCAGUGAUUAUUUUGCUUUGGCCACGCAAAACAAUCGUGAGCGACCUUCUUCAUUAUCUCUCGUGUUAAAGAAAUCAUUAGACAGAGAAGAAAUUCAGGAACAUAGUUUAUUACUAACAGCUAGUGACGGAGGCAAACCGGAACUGACUGGCACAGUUCAGCUGCUGAUCACCAUCCUUGACGUGAACGACAAUGCUCCAGAGUUUGAUAGGUUCGUUUAUAGAGUUAGAGUGUUAGAGGAUGUAUUUAAUGGAACAUUGGUGAUUAACUUAAACGCCACAGAUCCCGACCAGGGUACAAAUGGAGAUAUAAUCUACUCCUUCAGGCGGCCUGUAUCCCCUGCGGUAGUGCAUGCAUUUAAUAUAGAUCCCAACAGCGGAGAAGUUAGGACAAAAGGCCUACUGGAUUUUGAAGAAAUUAAACUGUAUGAAAUACCCGUGGAGGCAGUGGAUAAAGGGAAUAUCCCAAUGACAGGCCAUUGUACCCUUCUGGUGGAAGUACUAGAUGUAAACGACAAUGCACCAGAGGUCACGAUCACUUCCCUGUCACUACCAGUCAGAGAAGAUGCUCAGCCAAGCACUGUCAUAGCUCUGGUCAGCGUGUCUGACCGAGACUCUGGUGACAACGGGCAGGUGACUUGUUCAUUGACACCGCACCUUCCCUUCAAGCUGGUGUCCACUUUCAAGAAUUACUAUUCAUUAGUGUUGGACAGCGCCCUGGACCGUGAGACCACCGCUGACUAUAAGGUGGUGGUGACAGCCCGAGACGGGGGCUCACCCUCUCUGUGGGCCACGGCCAGCGUGUCCGUUGAGGUGGCUGACGUGAACGACAACGUGCCUGUUUUCGCGCAGCCCGAAUACACGGUGUUUGUGAAGGAGAACAACCCGCCUGGCGCGCACAUCUUUACGGUGUCUGCGGUGGACACAGAUGCUCAGGAGAACGCGCUGGUGUCCUACUCGCUAGUGGAGCGGAGGGUAGGCGAGCGCUUGUUGUCAAGCUAUGUGUCUGUGCACGCUGAAAGCGGCAAGGUAUUUGCUCUGCAGCCUCUGGACCAUGAGGAGCUGGAGCUGCUGCAGUUCCAGGUGAGCGCGCGGGAUGCUGGUGUGCCAGCCCUGGGCAGCAAUGUGACUCUGCAGGUGUUUGUGCUGGAUGAGAAUGACAAUGUUCCCACGCUGCUGCCUCACAGAGCUGUCGGAGCUGGGGGGGCAGUGAGUGAGCUUGUGCCUAGGUCAGUGGGUUCAGGGCAUGUAGUGGCGAAGGUGCGCGCAGUAGAUGCGGACUCUGGUUACAAUGCGUGGCUGUCUUAUGAGCUGCAGUUGGCAGCAGGGGCCAUGAGCAGUCCGUUCCGCGUGGGUCUAUACACGGGCGAGAUCAGCACGACGCGUGCCCUAGAUGAAGCAGAUGCACCUCGCCAGCGUCUGUUGGUGUUGGUGAAGGACCACGGCGAGCCCGCGCUAACCGCCACAGCCACUGUGCUGGUGUCUCUGGUGGAGAAUGGCCAGGCACCCAAGAUAUCUUCCCUUGCUUCCGAGAGCAUAGCAUCUUCGGAGGCGUCUCUGGUGACUGUCAACGUGUACCUGAUCAUUGCUAUUUGCGCGGUGUCCAGCCUGUUGGUGCUCACGCUACUGCUUUACACUGCACUGCGCUGCUCAGCAAGGCCCAUUAAUGGAGCCUGUGUUCCAGGGAAGCCCAUGCUCGUGUGCUCAAGCGCAGUGGGUAGCUGGUCCUACUCGCAGCAAAGGCGACAGAGGGUGUGCUCUGGAGAGGGCCCACCUAAGACUGAUCUUAUGGCCUUCAGUCCCAGUCUCCCUCCUGUGCUAGGCUCUGCAGAGGAUACAUGUCAGAGAGAAAGGCAGGUAGAACAUUUGAAAGAGGUAAGUUCAUAAUAUAAAGCAUCGUGUCUAACAGUUGUUCCUUCAUGAUAUCCUUUCUCUCAAUCAUUUCAUUAAUUUAGUUAAAAAAUUUCUCAUCCUUGCCGUCUUUGACAAUUUUUUUUAUUGACAUUGGUUUGGUAAUUCACUAAUGAAAUAUUGUCAGAAAAUGUAGUAAAGUGUCCCAAACUGGGAAAAAAUGUUCUUGUGUUCCUUUUUUUUUGUACUCCUAAUAGCUUGGGCAUGUUUGUUUUGUAUUUAGCAUUUUAAAUAAAACCAAUGCAUGGACUGGAACCAUUUUACAAGAUAUUAUAGUGAGGCUCAAUUUUAAAAUGUAGCCUUAAUGUAUACCUACAUACAUAGGUUAUUUUUAAACAGCUCAUAACUCCUUAAUUCUAAAUGACCCUUUUUCUUGAGUUAGGGUCUAGUCAGGGAGCUUAAGUCGGGCUCCAACUUACUAUUUUAUUAUACUUUUAAAAAACUUUUCUAGUUAUUUUAGCUUUUUAAAAAAUGGAACUUACUUUAUCUCUAGUUUUUUCCUUUUUAUUCUUUUCUUUUCCUUUGUUCUUUCAUAUAUUAUACCCUGGCUGCAGUUUUUCUUCCCUGCCUUCCCCCAUGGACUCCUUUAGAUUCUUCUGUCUAUGCUCCGGAGUGGAGUGUUUGGGAUUUCAGGUGCAGUACGUCACACCUGGUUACAAGUGAAAUUUGU